GCCAGCUCCACGCGAGCCACCACCCUCCCGCCCCCGCCCCGCCCCAAAACCCUAGCUAGCCCCCGCCGCGGCGCUCGGAACCGCGCCGGGAUCCAGGAAUGGCGUCGGCGGACAUGUUCCCCAACGUCUCCUUCUCCGACGUCAACGCCGCCGCCUCGCAGGAGGCCGCCGGGAAGGCCGUGUUCGGCCCGGACCCCGCCUCCGGGGCGGCGCGCCUCAGCCUCGUCAGGCCCGGCGCGGAGCAGGCGUUCCAGAUCGACCUCUCCGACGCGCAGAUAUUCAAGCUGGGGCCGAUGGAGUGGCUCUGCGUGAGCGGCGAGACCGAGGCCAAGGCUGGCGUGGAAGAGAAAUUGUUUUCAAGAGCAAUUAAGGUUGUUCUUAGGACAGAAGCCGAGAGCAAAGCCUUCUCUCUAGCUUUUCAACGAUGGAAACAACAAACUAUUAGUGGAAAAGCUGGUGAAUCAUUGGAGAAUGGAUCAAUAGUGGCUUGCAAAAGUAAAUUUGAUACAAAAAUUGAGGCAUCAUCAGCACAGAUGUAUUUCCACUACUAUGGCCAGCUAUUACAUCAGCAAAACAUGUUGCAAGAUUUUGUGAGGACAGGAACAUACUAUGCUGCUGUAAUGGAAAACCGGGCCGACUUCGAGGGUAAAGUUGUGGUUGACGUUGGAGCUGGUAGCGGUAUUCUUUCGUUAUUUGCUGCACAGGCUGGUGCCAAACAUGUCUAUGCAGUUGAGGCAUCUGAAAUGGUUGAACAUGCCCAACGGCUUAUUUCUGGGAACCCAUCGUUUGGGCAACGAAUCACGAUCAUCAAAGGCAAAGUCGAGGAAGUUGAACUUCCAGAAAAAGCUGAUAUACUGAUUUCUGAGCCUAUGGGAACCCUUUUGGUGAAUGAAAGAAUGCUGGAGUCCUAUGUCAUAGCUAGGGACAGAUUCCUUGCUCCAGAUGGUAAAAUGUUUCCAACAACUGGAAGGAUUCAUAUGGCUCCAUUUUCCGAUGAAUACCUCUAUGUUGAAAUGGCAAACAAGUCUCUCUUCUGGCAGCAGCAUAACUUCUUUGGUGUUGAUCUUACACCCUUGCAUGGCUCAGCGUUUGACGGAUACUUUUCACAGCCCGUGGUGGAUGCAUUUGAUCCAAGAUUGUUGAUUUCUCAAUCUACGUAUCAUACACUUGAUUUCACUAGCAUGAAGGAAGAGGACCUUUACGAGAUUGAUAUUCCCCUGAGUUUUGUAUCCUCUGUUGGCACUAGGGUGCAUGGGCUAGCCUGUUGGUUUGAUGUGCUGUUCAACGGGAGCACUGUGCAAAGAUGGCUUACCACUGCUCCUGGCUCCCCUACGACUCACUGGUACCAGUUGCGAUGUGUACUUGCACAGCCAUUAUAUGUCAUGGCUGGCCAAGAAAUAACCGGCCGCCUGCAUUUGGUGGCCCACAGUGCGCAAAGCUACACAAUAUACUUAACUAUGUCAGCCAAAAUGUGGGGUGUGGGUGCGGACCCAGGCGGCAUCCUUCAGACAUCCACUGCCAAGCUCGAACUCAAGGAGCCUUACUACAGGCUGUCUCAACCACAAGCUUAUAUGCCACAAGACCAACAGCAGCUACCGUUGUCAUCUUUGCAGGCGCAAGGAUCUGGGCAGCAGAUGCAAGAUGGUCUCAGCCCUGGCAUCACUGUAGAUCAGGAGAGGGACUCCGCAGCGUUCACUCGACAGGUCUGAAACCUGUGCCGCAUGCUUUGCUUCCUGCAACGAGAGCUCAGGUCUGUACAACAACGAGAGCUGCCAAUGGCUAACAUUGCGUCCAGUUGCGGUAGGAGAUCAUCAUGUCCGAGUUGUGCAGCUAAACGUGCUCGUCCCUGCCCCGCUAUUUGAUGUCAGAAAACAAUAAUAGUGAUCGAACCGCAAGUCGAAGCUAGAAGACAUCUAACAGAGAAGAGGGUUGUACGUUCUUAUGUAUAAUUCUACAAAUUGAUUGUUGCGUGUGGGAGUAGAAUAUUGAUAGAAUGAUGGUCAUCAUUGUCGUCCGCUUACUCAAACUUAAUAACAAGUAAAAAGUGAGCCCAGUUUUCUCCGUUAA